GAGCGUAUCCACACCGUUGCUCCACCCAGCGUCCCAGCCAGCAAGCGUCCCCUCAGACAGCCUGUUGACAAGCACAAGCCGGACCGGCAAAAGCAGCAACAACUCUACCAUGGCCAGCCAGAACGCGUUCCAGUUCGGCGUCGAGAUCGAGCUGCUGCUGGGCAGCCGCAAGAAAGCGCACGGCAGCUGGAAGGCGCUGGCCAAGGACCUCAGCAAGCGGCUGGCCAAGGCGGGCGUGGCCAACCACGUCAACGAGGCCAACGACAAGUCGCCCGACAACUACCGCGAGUGGUCCAUCGCGCCCGAGGUUACCAUCCCGAGCCAGCCGGCCAAGAACCUGUUCGGCCUCGAGCUCGUCAGCCCCGUCUACCCCGUGUACGCCUACUGGGCGGCCGACCUCGACGCCAUCUUCGCGACCCUGCGCGCAUCCUUCACCCUCACGGCGUCACCGCACUGCUCAACGCACGUGCACGUGAGCCGCGCCGGCGCGCGCGGGCCGCUGUCGGCCACAGACCUAGCCGCGCUAGCCAAAGCCGCGCUGUACUACGAGCCGGCGCUGGACGUGCUGGUGCCGGCAGGCCGCCGCGGCACCGCCGCAUACUGGUGCCAGAGCAACCGCGCCAACCCGGCGCUCGCCGGCCGCGGGCUCGCCGAGUGCCUGGCCGUGGUCGACGCUGUGUCUGGCGACGCGCGCGCGGUUGUCGAGGCCGUGAACCUUUUCCCCGCGGGCUCGGCGUAUGGCCGCGCUCACGGCAAGCUGAAGGACUUCGUCCGCGGCAAGGUGUACAAGUGGGACUUUACGGGUAUGUUGCAGGGCGGCGGCGGCGGUGCGCGGGGCACGGUCGAGUUCCGCCAGGCGCCGGGCAGUUUGGUCGCGGACGAUGCUGCCGCGUGGGUUACGCUUGCUGUGGCGUUUGUUGUCGGUGCCACGGCCGUCGGGGCGCGACUGGGCGGUCCUGAGGUUGACGUUACGGGUGGCGCGGGCCCUGAUGAGCUGUGGGCGCUGCUGGCUGCUGGUGCUGAGGCGCUGGGCUGGGAGAGUCUUGGUGCCGUCGAGGGGCUGUUUGCGCGCCGGGCUUGAUGGGGUUGCCUUGUUGUGAUUUGCGGAAAUGGCUCGUUUCUUUUCCUUCC